AUGAAAUAUGUUCCUCCUCAUUUAAGAGUUCACAAUGAAGAGAAAGCUGAGGCUCCUGCUGAAAAUGUUGUAGAGGAUUUGAAAGAAAAAGUUGUAGAGUUAAAAAAAGAAGAGAAAGAAAUUGAUACAGAUAGUAGCACUGAAGGAGAUGAAUUUGAUAUUGUUUUAAAUAGUGUUGUUAUUAGUCAAAUAUCUAAAAAUAAAGACUUACGUGGAGAGUUGUUAGGUUACUAUAUAAAAAAUAAUGAUGAUAAGAAAAAGAAGAAGAAGAAGAAAAAAAAAAAAGCUAAAAAUAGUAAUAAUGAUGAUACUGAAAAGAAUGGUAAUCAAGAAAUGGAAGAUGAUGAUGAUGAAGAUGUAGAAGAUGACGAUGAUGAAGAUGUAGAAGACGACGAUGAUGAAGAUGAUGAUGACGAUGAUGAUGAAGACGAUGACGACGAUGAUGAAGAUGAUGAUGAUGAGGAUGAUGAAAAGAAAAAUAAGAAAAAAAAUAAAAAGAAUAAUAAAAAGAAUAAAAAAAAAGAUAAUAAAAAACCAAAUGUUGUAGAUAUUAAUCAAUCAUUUUGUGUUAGUAAUAUUGAAGAUAUAUGUAUUGAUAAAAUUAUUAAAUUAACAAAUAAAUAUGAAUUACCAAAACAAAGAUAUAAUGAAUUAUUAAAUAAUUUAACAUUAUAUUUUAAUAAAAAUAAAUAUGAAGAAGAAGGAGAAAAAUAUAUUAAUGAAGUAAUAAAUUAUUAUGAAGAUUAUGUAAAUAUUAUGUCAGAAUUGAAUUUUGAAACAACAUCUUUUGGAUUUUAUAUAAAUAUUAAUGAUAUAAGAAAAAAAGAAGUAUUAGUUACUUUAUUAUUAUGUUCUCUAAUUAAUAAAAAUUCAUUUGUUUUAUGUUUCUCAGAAAAAUAUGGAAAAUUAAUUUUUUCAGCAUAUAAAAUAGAUGUUGAUGUUAUAUUUGAAAUUAAAAAUCAAAUAAAAAAUUCAACUUUUAAUCAAUUUAAUGAUAUCUUGAAUGUAGAAUUAAAAAAAAAUGGACUUAAUAGUAAAAAUAUUUUACAACCUAUUCCUAUUAUAAUUAAAAAUUCGGUUAUUAGUUCUAUCUUUUUAAAAGUACUUAAAAAUAAAAAUAAAAAUUAUAUCUCCUCUCUAGAUUAUUUAAAUACAUUAGAAGUUGAUUCUUUAGAAAACCAUGUUCAUGAAACCUGUAAAUCUCUUGAACUCUUAAAAACUGAACAAGAAAAAUUAAUUAAAUAUAAAAAAGAUGUUUUCAAACAAUUACAAACACAAAAAGUAUACCAAGAAAAAAAGAAACUUGAAAAAGAAAAAAAUAAAAUUGUUCAUGAUAAUCCAGAUACAAAUGAUGAAGAUAUCAACAUGCAAAAUCUAUUCAAAAAUAUUCCACAGCCCUCAUUAUUAUUCCCAUAUGUAUUAACAAUGAGUAACAACGUACUAAAUGAUAAUAUUAAUAAUUUGUGUAGCCAUGCUAUAGCCAAGUCUUAUUUGUACUAUAAAAAUGCAAAACCAUAA